UCAGAAACUAAGUUGGAGUUUAAAAAAAGUUUCUUUUUUGGCUUUCACAUUGUCAAUGAAAAUGGCAAAAGUUGAAAUUUUUAUAAAAGUUCUCUCACUACUAACUGUACUGCAAUGUGGCAACAACAUUUGUUGUGUAUCAUCACAAGAGUCAUGGCAAGUAGCAGUAGCUGAACAACAGCGUAUGUUGAACAAAAGUUUUAGUAAUUUAAGCAGCAUGAAACUCAAAGAAUUGGAAACAUUGAACAAUUGGCAAAUAAUUGAUUUAAGCCACAAUUCAAUUGAAUUCAUUGACUCACCGGAACUGCUGGGAAAGCAAAAUGAAUUAGAUUUUCUUCAAAUUGAUUUCAAUGCAAAAUUCAGACCGAAAGAAAAUGGAGCAAUUUUCAUAAACAAAAAUCUAAAGCGGAUGUCAUGUAAGAGUUGCGGUUUUACUGAAAUUCAGAGUCAACAUUUCACCGGAUUUGACAUUCUCGCUGAGCUCAAUUUGAGUGCAAAUAGAAUCAACAAAAUUGCUGCUGACGCAUUCAAGAGAAAUGGUUACUUGAGACGAUUGGAUUUAAGCGAGAAUCAAAUCAUCGCAUUGCUCCCGGCGACAUUUUCACCAUUUAGAAAAUUUGAGGAGUUGAUAAUAUCAUCGAAUCCAAUUCAGCUGCCGCUCAAUAAACCCUUUAUCAAAUCCGAAUCAUUGAAGCAUUUAAUUAUGGCCAACUGUAAUAUUGCUGAUGUUUAUAAGGAAACAUUCAACGAUCUCAAAAGUAUUGAGGCGAUAAAUUUAAAUGACAAUAGAAUUGAGAAGAUUGAAGUUACAACAUUUGCACUCAAUCCGAAAUUGAAAAGUUUAUUUAUUGAAAAUAAUCAUCUCAAGUCUUUCCCCGCUAGUAUUUUAGACUCGUCCAAAGAGCUGUAUGAGUUGUGUGCAGACAACAACACUUAUGUGAACAAACAAGAGUUUAAAGAAUUUAUUAAGAAAUAUACGAGUCGAAAUUUAAGGACAUCCAACUGCACACAAAAUGUUGAGAAUUUUAUUGAAAAUCUCUUCAAUCCGAAUGUCGAUGAUGAUAAUGAGAUUUUCAUUAAUCCUGACAACUCGACCGAUGAAAUGUCAUCAAAGUUUAUAAAGUUUCACGAAGGAAUAUCACAAUUUUUUAUCGGAAGCUAUUUGACAAUCAUUCUUAUCAUGCAGGCGGCUGCUUGUAUACUUCUCACACUGUAUCUUAUAAAAAUCACAAAAUAUGAGAAACUUGGAACUGGAACUGAUGUCAAUUAUGCAAAUACAAUUUUGAAUGAUAAUGAUAUUUAUAAAGUUUACAAAUUGAAUGAAUAGAAAAGACUUGAGACGGAGAGAUGACAAGAUUGGAUGUGGAAGUACUGAACUUUUUUUCUUAGUUUUGAUGGGAAAAUUGAAAGAGAAAAAAAAAUUGUUUAGAAUUUUUUAUUCAAGGCGAUGGAACUCUUUUGU